AUGGCUGCUGGAACGGCCGUUAAAGCAUUUUUCACCUUUAUUUUCGACACAGUACACUGCGCCGGUAUCAGUGGCAGGGACAAUGGAUUUGGUAACAAUUACGUUUGGGCUGGAUCUUUAGAAUCAGGUCUCCAGAUAGCCACACACCACAGAAAACCAGUAAUGGUGAUCAUCCACAAAUCGUGGUGCACAGCCUGUAGAAAUUUGAAGCCGAAAUUCGCCAACUCUCCAGAAAUACAAACGUUAAGCAAACACUUUGUCAUGGUCAAUUUGCUUGAUGAAGAGGAACCGAAAAAUAAUGUAUUUGCUCCAGACGGGACGUACAUACCGAGAAUCCUGUUCAUUUCACCAAAAGGUAGUGUGGACCCCGAAAUAGUGAACGAGGAGGGCAGUAGUCAACACAAAUACUUCUACAGCAAACCAGAACAAAUUGCUAAAUCCAUGAGAAAAGUACUCGACAAAUAUACUGAAGAACAAUUCGAUGAUAUGCGGCGUUAA